AUGACCACAAUGCCACCGGAAAUGUCCACAACUACGGCUGCCGUUGGGGACACUCCGGGCAGCCUGACGCCAUCGCCAACAACAACAUCGACGCAGGCGCCGCGUUCCCGUUUCAUGAUCACCGACAUUUUGGCCGGCAGCGCUGCCGCCGCCGCCGCCGCUGCUGCCGCUGCUGCUGCAAUGGCAGCCGCUGCCGCUGGUCGCAGUUCGGCCAGUCCGUCCGACGAUUGCUAUGCGUCGCCAAUGGGCCGUGAUCCGCAGCAGGCACAGCAGCAACACCAUCAACAGCAACACCAACAACAGCAGCAGCAGCAACAUCACCAGCAACAACAGCAGCAACAACAACAACAACAGUCGCAACAACAGGCUGCCUUGCAACAUUAUCUCGCCCAGCAGCAACAACUCCUGCGCUUCGAGCGUGAGCGAGAGAGAGAGAGGGAGCGGGAACGGGAGCGUGAACAAUAUCAUCAUAUGACGCCACUGUUGGCACACUUUCCGCCCAGCCAUUACGCCGUGCUGCAACAACAGCAACAACAACAACAGCAACAUUCGCAUUCGCAUCCGCAUCAUCAUCAGCUGCAGUUGGAACGGGAACGAGAACGAGAACGGGAACGUAUUGAGGCACUGCAUCGACAUGGCGCCAACGUGCCUCUCGUCGCUGCCGCCGCCGCUGCCGCUGCUGCAGCUGGGGGGCAUGUGGAGGGGGGGCAUGAUGAACGAUCGCGUUCGCCAUUGGUGCUACACUCGCUGGCAGCUGGCAACAACAAUAACCAUACUAAUAAUAACAACAACAACAACAACAUUAGUGGGAGUAGCAACAACAACAACAGCAACAACAAUGGGAAUGCAGGUGGCAUGUUGCUUGGUGGCACGGGCAGCAGCAUCAGCGGGGAUCAGGCGAGCACCAUCGACGACAGCGACAGCGACGAUUGCGGUGGCAAGGACGACGAUGGCGAGGAUAGCUUGAAGAACGGCAACAGCGGCGCCAAUGGCGACUCCCAUUUGGGCCUGAGUCUGAGUAAAAAGCAACGAAAAGCACGCACCGCAUUCACGGAUCAUCAGCUGCAGACACUGGAGAAAUCCUUUGAGAGACAAAAGUAUCUCAGCGUUCAGGAUCGCAUGGAGUUGGCCAACAAAUUGGAGUUGAGCGAUUGCCAGGUGAAAACUUGGUAUCAGAAUCGCAGAACGAAAUGGAAGCGCCAAACUGCCGUUGGACUUGAGCUGCUCGCGGAGGCCGGCAACUAUGCGGCCUUUCAACGUCUAUAUGGCGGUGCCACGCCGUAUUUGAGCGCCUGGCCGUAUGCGGCAGCUGCAGCCGCACAAUCGCCGCAUGGGGCGCCACCGUCGGCAAUUGAUAUCUAUUAUCGACAGGCGGCGGCAGCUGCCGCAUUGCAGAAGCCAUCACUGCCUGCCACCUACAUGUAUCCAAGUCGCAUGCCACCGGGCAUGGGGCUGCCAGGCAUGCCCCCACCGCCCGGUGCCACGCCCAUGCUCAGUGGCUAUUAUGCCCCGCCGUUGGCGCCACGCGAACGUUCCCCUGCCACCAGCCAGAGCGCCAACAGCGAAGCGGACUACGAGCGCAGCAGCAGCAGUCGACAGCGAUUGCAGACACCCAGUCCGCCCUUGAAUCCCGGCAGUCCGCCGCCGAGGAGAGAGCACGUCACCGAGGAGGCGCCUCUAGCCGCCAAAGCGCCGUCGUCGCCAGCGACGGAGCCGUUGACGGUGACGCUGACAGAGCGGGGUGAGUUGGCAGCGCUGCCUGCUGUGGAGGUGGAUGAGGAUGAGGACGACGAGGAGCUGGCACUGGAUGUGUAAAAAGAGGUCGUAGGUGAUGGCCAAGCAUUGAGCUGGAUCUCAGAUGGGCGAAACCAACAGGGAAGGGGCAGGGACAGGCACUGGAAAUGACUGGAAGUGGAAAGUAACUACAACAGCUGGAAAUGCAGACUGUAUGACUCUUUAGCAAGAAUUUCAUCGAUAUUCCAAAGAAAAUCUUCGACUGGAAUUAAGCUGGAAGUGCAAUACGAACAGUACUGGAAGUGGAACAUUCCAGCUUUUCCAGUUUAAAUUCAAUGUGGAACGAAAGCAGCAUUGGAAGUGGAAGAAUCCAUAUUCACAGUAGCAAUUCAGUUUCAGUUUUAAUUGCACCAAAUCAAUAGCAAACAAAAUUCACGACUGGAAAGAAUCAGGAAGAAAGUUGUCAAUUUUUUCAAAUCUGUAUUCCAGCUACACAAUUGGAAAUGGAACUAGAUAUUCAACUGCUUAAUGUUCAAAUUGUUUGUUAGCAGUCACAGCGAAAUUCCAGUUCUUUCAGUAAUUAUUCAGCCAAAUUUAUGACUGGAAAAAUAUCUGGAAUGGGAAUUAAAGGAAAAGUGCAGCAAAUUUCCAACAACAUUCCAUUUCUUCCAGUGGCAACUCAUCCAAAUCCACGUAAAUG